UAUACAUAAAGCAUGGUUAUUACAAGUUUUCUAAAACAAAUUCAACUCCAUAAUGUUACUGCUCUGUGGUCACAGGAGUCUGACGCUGGUGAUUUUACACUCGUGGAUCUCAGGCGCGCGACUCGAGGGAAUGACUAGUGUGUCACGAGAAGUCCCACGCCACAUAGCGCACUCCGCGUGUUUCACUGCCACGGCGCAGCAGCUCAGAGAUUCACGUGGGGUGGGCUGACAAAAACACACAGCAAACCCACAGCUGUGCGGAAAUGACACAGUAGUCUACCGUCACGUCACGCGAGAGGGCACUGACUAGAGAAAAAAAAAAAGCAGCGGAGAGAAACACGGACAACAGUUCCCGUGGACAAAUCCACUGGAUUUAAAGACGCGAGCAUGGCUAAUGCCUCAUAACCUACUGCACACGGCUGCCCGGAGUCGAAAAGGACAUGAGCUCUUCUGUGUGCAGGGUUAAUGCAGACGGACAAGUGCCUGAUAAAAAAGUUAAAGUCGAGAAAGAUGCAGAGGAUGUUAUUGAAAACACAGAGGGGAAGAUGGAUAGCUUCUUUAAGUGCAUUACAAAAAGAUCAGCAACACACGCAGUCCCUGAGGUGGAAGGGCCUAGUAGCGGAAAGAGGGUCAAGGUGACAACACAGGCAGGAGAACAUCUCCUUGACAGCAGUUCAGAUAAUGGAAGCAGGUCAUGUUCUCACAGUCACAGAUUAUCUCCACAGGAGAAGAUUCCCAUCUCUUCAUACAGGAAACCACUCUACAGCAUCACACAUCGCAUUUCUGAGCGUAAAACUGCAUCCAAUCUGGACCAGCACGGAGCCCACAAUGGAGUCAGAGCAAGCCAUAAUGGUGUUCACUUACAAAAACUGGGGAACUCUAGAAAGCAGCACAUGUUUAAGGCCUCCACUAAUGUGGGGGUCACAGGGUCUCCUGCUGCCUUGGAUUCUCACCUCUACCCACUCAUUGAGAAGAUGUUCUUCCUCCUGAACACGCUGAAUUCCAGCAUGACCCAGCUGCACAGUAAGGUGGAUUUGCUCUCGCUUGAAGUGACACGCAUCAAAAAGCUGAUGAAGCCCUCUGAGAUGGUUAUGGAAUUCCAGCCUCCUCCUGAGUACCAGCUGACCAGCGAAGAACUCACCCAGUUGAUGGAGCAAACGUCCACUGCGGGAGAUCUCGGCUGCAGACUCCUCGUUCAACUGUUCCCAGAACGUUUCACAGCAAAAGAAUGCGCACACGGCUGCAGCACUUGCAGCCUUACAACCAAACGGACAUUAGAUUCAUUGCACCUUCAGCUAAUACGUAACUAUGUGGAAGUCUGCUACCCGCUGGUGAAAAAUGAAAACGUCUGGCAGACGGAGUGCUUGCUACAGAUCAAUGAUUUCAUGAAUCGUUUCUGGGCUCAGAAGGACAUGGAGAGUGGUCAUAUGUGUGACAAACAGGCUCCAGUGCUUGUCGGGUUUGACCCGGAACCCAAUCAUGCUUGUAAUUUCAUCAAUGAAGAAGCCCAGGAUGAGACUCUUUCCCUCAACUCUGGAGAGAACAACGAUGUUCAUCUCAAUGUCAGUUCAGAUGUAGUGUUUGACCAACAUGAGGCAGACUCUGAAGACUUGACUUCGCCGAAGGAGCUUGUUGUGUUUUUGUUGAACAGACUCUUUCCGGAGGUGUUUGAGGAGGGCAAGUUGCCAGAGGGCCACACCAGCAUUGGACAGUUGAUCACGGACUCAGACAGACUAGAAAUUAUACGCAAAUACAUGGAGGCCAAUUUCCCUGAUAUCCCAGAAGAAACCUGGCUGCAGCUGUGCGUACAACGAAUGGAGGAAGCACUGGAGAAUGCUUCAGUCAAUGGCAGCAGUUGUGACAACCGAGAAAUGUAUGACAUCACUCGUCUACCUGAUAACAUCUCCAUUGUUAAGAUCAGUGAUCUGUGUGAUUACGAGAAACCAAAUCGCAGGUCUAAGAAAUCGUGGCUGGAGCCUGUGGAUUUUGACAAACUGGAGAUUCCUCCUCCGGACUUUAAAGUUCCUCAGGAGUAUUUACUUACUAAGGAACAGCUGAAGAAUAACUAUGAAAGCAGUUUAUCAAUUGGGAACUUUGCAUCUCGACUCCUGGUUCUCAUGUUCCCUGAGCUCUUUACUUAUGAGAAUGCACGAAAAUACUACAACUGCAGUGGCUCUCUAGGAAAGAAACAGCUGGAUCCCCUACGAAUCAGUCUCAUCCGGCAUUACGUCCAGCUGCUUUACCCACAAGCUAAGAACGACCGUGUGUGGACCCUUGAGUUUGUCGGCAAACUUGAUGAGCGCUGUAGGCGACGGGAUACUGACCAACGACGUUCAUACCAGCAACAACGGAAGGCCUGUUCACCUGACCAAGAGCCUGACCCAAAAGACUCGCUGCUAACAGCUGGGCAAAUCAAUGUUCUCAGUUCAGAUCGACUAAAAGAGGACUUUGAAGUCCUCUCUUCACCUCUGGAGAAAAGCAGCAAGGACUUCUGCAAAAUUCCUCUGGAGGACCUUUCAGUGUCCGCCCCAGACUUCCCAGUGCCUUCUGAGUACCUGCUCACGGAUGCUGAAGUGAGGGAAAUUGUCCAACAGAGUUUGUCUGUGGGAAAUUUUGCUGCUCGCCUUCUCGUCCGUCUUUUCCCAGAACUUUUCACGCAGGAAAAUUUACGGCUGCAGUACAACCAUUCUGGGGCCUGCAACAAGAAACAGCUGGACCCUGUGCGUCUUCAACUCAUCCGGCAUUACGUGGAGGCCGUCUACCCAGUUGACAAAAUGGAGGAAGUGUGGCACUACGAAUGCGUGCCAAGCAUCGACGAGCGCUGCAGGCGCCCCAAUCGCAAGAAAUGUGACAUUCUUAAGAAGGCAAAGAGAUCAAACAACACUGUGACUUAUACUUAGACAAUGUUCCUGCAAAGCGCAGACCUGUUUUACUAUAUUUUACACAACAUACCUGUUAUUUGCACAAGUCCAUGAGCUGAAGCAUAUUGAAACUUUUUCUUGUUUAAAAGGUCUAGGUCGGCUGGUCGAGUUCACAUCCAUGGCCUUAAACAGGAUGGUUUGGAAGGUGACAAAGUUGGUGAUUGAAGCCACUAUCACAUGACAGUGAAAUAUUAGUGUUACUAUUUAUAUGCCAAAAUAUUAUUGAUAUUAUUCUAAUGUCUAAUUAAUAGAUAAGCUAAGGUUAGCCUUAAUCAACUUAAAUGGAAACAUUUAGUUUUUAAAAACAAUAGGUCACUUUAGUUUCAGGUGAGGGCAGAGAUGAUUUAUAUAUAUAUAUAUAUAUAUAUAUAUAUAUGUUUUAAGUUGUAGCAAUGUUGCAGCACUGACUUUUUCCUGAUUAUCAACAUACUGAAGUAUAUAGGAAGUAAAUCUUACUUAACUAUAGCACCAGGUUAUAUGUUAUAUAUUUUUUAAUAAAAAUUCACUUUCUAGCCAA